AUGGAUUCUCCACAACCGAAGACCUUCUUGGCUACGCUCAACUUCUGGCGUGGAUCUGAAAAUGGAGGUACCGACGAAUACCGCCUUGGGACCGGAAACGACACCAACGUGAAUACAUAUUUCCAAGCCGACGUCUUGAUGACAGACGUCCGAGGCCACGAGCAUGAAUUCAAGCUCGACAAACAUGGUUUCCAAUUUGUGAAGCAUCGAUCCAAUUUCGGGCGGAAUGGCGAAUGGAGAGAUCGGGACAAGCUGAACGAGGUUUACUAUGCAGAACUUCGAGAUCUCAUCAAGAAACAUACGGGUGCCACGACUGUGAUUCCCAGAGGAAGGGUUGUGCGAGAUGAAAAACUUGCAACCGGCGACCCCAUUUCUGGUGAACGCAAGCGAAUAGGACCAUAUGCAACCCUCGCACAUGUAGAUUUUUCCUAUACAGGGGCACGACAAUACAUCGAGGCCUGGGGUCCAGAAGCGGUUGCUAAGGCCAUGAAAUGCCGCUGGGCAAUCAUUGCGACUUGGAGACCAAUCAUCAAGACCGCUACGAGGAUGCCAUUGGGCAUUUGUGAUGCAAGCAGCAUCGGAGACGAAGAUUUACGUGAAGUUAUGGGGAUGACGAAGGGCCGGGGUCAAAGUGGGCGGCCGCCUGCAUACAUGUGGAUGAUGGAAAAGCCUCGUUCUCCAGACCAGCACCGGUGGCUGUAUAUGAGUGAUAUGAAACCCGAAGAUGCAGUGCUCAUGAAGUUCUUCGAUACUCGUGAGGACGUUGCGCGUCGCACGCCGCACUCUGCCUUUGAGACACCUUUCGAUCACGGGCCGGAGAGGUCAAGCUUGGAAGUCCGAUCCUUGGUUCUUUGGGAGGAU